AUGAUUUGCAACAACGGUGUGGGGGAGCUGCACAGCCAGGGCAGCAGCUCAAAGGCUUGGAGCCAACCACAGUUCACGGACGAAGAGAUCUUUCGCUUCCAGCGGAGCCAGGGAGUGAAACAUGAACUCUUUGGAGGUGAACAUCCUGCAGAGGCUAAUCCUGCAGAGGUGGUGGCCAUUCUGCGAACGCGUCCCGUUGGAGAUGAUAGCUUCACUGACUUUGUUGCAGCCACCCUUUCUGGAGCCCAAUGCAAGGAUGGCCAUUGUCGUUCCGCGUUUCGGAUCUUUGAUCGCAAUGCUGAUGGGUACAUCGAUGCCAAAGAGCUCGAACUGAUUCUGCGCAAAGGUGAGUCCAGCGCGUGCUUGACCGAGCCUGCGCAGGCGACGGUCGCGAUGCUCAAAGAAGCCGGAGCCGGAAUGGUGAGCUUUAAGGACUUCGUGAAUUUUGUGAAACGCGGAGCGAGCCUAGAGCUUUGAGUUGCGCCGUUUCACAGCGUAGGAUUCACUGAAGCUCAAUUCUAGGUCGA